CACAAAAACGUACCACUUCCUUAAAAAACAGGAUGCGUCUUACCAUACACAGUGCCUCUGCAAGCCUCUGUAGAUUCUGGUUAAAGUACUUCCUGUUUGAUCAAAGGAGGUGUGAAGACUUUGAUAUGAUGGCAUUCAAAACGCACAGAAAGACCAGGCAUGCAUAGGGGUAGGACGAUAAGGUAAACUGACAGUUUGGACCAGAAUAUGGCUGAGGUGAUUUACGCCAGGCCCAACAUGAUGACCAAGGCCAGGUACACACAAGGAGAUGGAGAGGAGAGGAGAGUGGAGAUCUACGCUACCAUUGAGAGCCUCAGAGAUCAACACCAGGACUACGUGGGGACAGAGGAGUCCUCCAAUACUCUGGGAACAGUAAGAAGUCAGCAGCUGGACCCUGUGAGCCCUCCUCGGUGUCUGAUCAGGGCUGUGGUGAUGCUUCUGGUCCUGCUGGCUGUUGCCCUGCUGGCUGGACUGCUAUGGUUUGCAGUGCAACACAAGACGAAGACUGUAAGCAUGGACAGAGACGUGGAGCAACUUCUCCAAAGGCUGAAGAACGUGACAGAGCAGAGAGACUCACUUCUUGGUAAACAGGACUGUCCAGGUGGUUGGGAUAAGUUUGGUUGUAAAUGUUACCGGCUUUCCAAUGUGCGGGGACCCUGGAAUAAGAGCAGGAAGUUCUGUGUUUCCCACGGAGCAGAUCUUGUGGUUGUGGACAGUAAAGAGGAGAUGGACUUCAUUAGCAGGUACAGCGGGAACAACUGGCUCGGAGCGACAGAUGAGGCCAGUGAAGGGAUGUGGAGAUGGGUUGAUGGCACCGUCCUGUCAGCGGAUAACCCCUCCUGGAGAAGAGGGAAACCUGAUGGUGACAUGGUUAAGAACUGCUUAAGGGUUAGAGAGAAGCCCAACUUUAAAUGGACAGAUGAGAGCUGUGAAGCCAGAAACUAUGGGCUUUGUGAAAAUCAUUUAAUUAAUUGAUGUAUGGAACAUUUCUUUGUCUGACUGAUUUGUUUCUUUGACUAUUUCUUAAAUCUUUGAUCGAUGUUUUGUUUCAUACUUGUUAAGUUCUUCCAUACGAAAAGAGCUUUGAUUUGCUGCAAGGUUUUAUCUCCUUAAAAGGAGAUGACAUGAAGACUUCCGUGGUCACUGCAGGAGCUGUACAUAGAUGCUUCUCUUGUUACUUUAUUUAUUCAAUGUUUCCACAGUUGCUCUUGAUGUUGGAGGCUGAGGUUAGGAGGUAAAGAGUCAUGACAGCCAUUGGCUGGUUUUCAGUUGCUGCAAAUCAAACUAGUUCUCUAUUUAGGGCUGCUUCAGCUGCCUUGGCCUUUGUCCCCUCAGCUAAUUAUUUGAUUAUUUUUCUGUUUAAAUGUAUCUUCACUUUGGUACCAUGUAGUGUGAUCACAACAAAACACUGUUAUUUGUUGGUUCUACGGUGUUCAGAGAGAACAGUAGACUUGUGUCCUGAUGUCUGAAUCUGCUUGUAGGUCUGCACUUAGUUUUUCGUUGCUAAAUGAUCACUU